AAGAAAAGAACGAGAAGGCGUUGCCCCGUUGCCAGCCUUGCAUUAAAAAAAAACCACUCAUCAUUUUACUUCUCACUUUCUCAAUUUCCAAACACUAAUUUAACCAUAUCAAUUUUCCUAAAUUUAUUCUUCAAGACCGAAAGUUUUAUCAACUUGUCCGUAUCAAUUUGUUCUUCCUGCAAUCGGUCCACGCUUCAACCAUUUCUUUUUCCUUCUACUAAAUCUUUCAAAUGUUGAGCAGAAUUGGAUCAGUUAGAAGCUCCUCACUAAACUUAGGCUUAGGGUUAGUGAAAAGAUGGUUGUGGAGUAAGAGCGAGACGGGACAGAGGUUCGCGGUGGUUUGGGGAAAUGGUGACUAUGGAAGGCUUGGGUUGCAGAGCCUGGACUCACAUUGGAGCCCUGCUCCCGUGCUCUGUUCGACCUUUCGUGAUCAAGGCCUCCGAGCCAUUGCAUGCGGUGGUGCUCACACCCUAUUUCUAACAGAAACUGGACGCGUCUAUGCCACUGGUCUGAAUGAUUUUGGGCAGCUUGGGACAACGGAUGAUGCGGCUUACAGUACUGAAAUGUCCCCGGGGAAGACGAUUGGGAGUGUGAGGGAAUGUAGCGGAUUGUAUACUUUGAAACUGAUCCUCCACCUGCUCAAAUUAAUAAAAGAGCCAGUAGAGGUUUCUGGACUUCCAAAGGAAAUUUCUCAAAUCUCAGCUGGUUAUUAUCACUCUAGUGCUAUUACAGUGGAUGGAGAGCUCUACAUGUGGGGAAGGAACGCAAAUGGACAACUUGGCCUUGGAAAAAGGGCACUAAAGGCAGUUCCCUUACCAACUAAAGUUGAAAGCUUGAUUGGACUGACCAUCAAAAUGGCAGCUUUGGGUUCAGAGCACUCAAUUGCUGUUAGUGAUGUAGGUGAGGUAUUGAGUUGGGGGGGAGGAGAGUAUGGAAGACUUGGACAUGGCAAUGAUUCAACCAGUUUUGCCUUCUUUAAAAGUACCAGUGAAUACACGCCAAGGCUAAUAAAGAAACUUGAGGGUAUCAAGGUAAAAUAUGUUGCUGCUGGCUUGCUGCAUUCUGCAUGUAUUGAUGAAAACGGCUUAGUUUUUGUGUUUGGAGAACGACCAGCAGAUAUAUUGGGCUUCAGAGAGGAGAACAGCGAAGCAACACUGUCCUUGAUUGCUAAAAUUCCUUAUUCUGAAGAAGUUGCUUGCGGUGGCUAUCACACCUGUGUCGUGACAAGUGGUGGAGAAUUGUACACUUGGGGUUCAAAUGAAAAUGGAUGCCUUGGUAUCGGUACUACUUCGGUCUUUCAUCAACCAGAACGAGUUCAAGGUCCUUUCUUGGAAUCUAUUGUAAGCCAGGUAUCUUGUGGUUGGAAGCACACAGCAGCGAUUUCAGAAGGCAAAGUUUUCACAUGGGGUUGGGGAGGUUCACAUGGAACUUUUGCCGUAGAUGGACAUUCUUCAGGAGGACAACUGGGUCAUGGUAGUGAUGUUGACUACAUGAAACCUACAAUGAUCAACCUGGGAAAGGAUGUGAAAGCAUUGCAAGUAUCAUGUGGAUUCAAUCAUACAGGCGCUAUACUUGAGCAUAUCUAAAUCUUUGAUUGCUAUGAUAGGCUUAAUUUUACUUGCAUAUAUGUGUAUCAUUUUCUUCAUUCUUGUUAUGGUUUAUUGUAGGCCAAUGGUAAUCUGUACAAAAAAUAAAAAUAAAAAUAAGAAUACAGGUCAACACCCAAUAAAGUUAAAUGUAACUUUGGGAUUUUGAGCAAAUAGUAUAAUAAUGUAAUGCAAGUAUGGCGCCAAAAAAAAAAGGCCCAAAUGAUGUUAUAUUAUAGUAUCAUUUCUAUA